AUGCUACACAUCGCUCUCGCUUGCGUCGUGCCGCAGCCAGAGAAACGGCCAACUAUGGCGGAGAUUGUUAAGAUGGUUGAGGAGAUUAAGGUUGAGCAAUCGCCCAUGGGAGAGGAUUUCAAUGAGUCGAGGAACUCAUUGUCGCCGCCAUUGGCCACCACCGAGGACGUUCGUGUUUGA